CUCGGUCAUAUUUAUAUCAAUAAAAAGUUCAGAAGAUCAGUAUGAGACAUUGGAACAAAUAGACAGGCCAACAUAGCUUUAGAUCACCAACUAGUGGUUGUAAAGACUAAAAUAAAGCUAGAGAAGCACUGACCAACCCGGAAGAAGAUAAACGAAGCGCCAACUUCAACACGCUAAGAGGUUCCGGGUCGCAAGAAGUACCAUAAUCAUAAAUGGAUCUCUCUCGAUAUCAUGAGCAAGAUUCAAGAAAGGAUCAAGACAAAGUUAUGAGCAUAAUUCAUAAAUUCUAAGGUGGUUUAAGAAAGCUACGGAUAAAGGAUUAAGAAAGUCAUUUUCUGUGAUAAAAUUCAUCUGUGAAACUUUACAGAAUUAAAAUUGUGCUUCAUUACUCUUUUGUUUGUUGAAAGCUUUACGGUCAGCAGAAGUUUUCAAAUUUAAUAAAAUAAAAUAAAUUGUGAAGAGGAGAAAAAACUUAAAAACCUGCUACAUCUCGGUAAUCAACCUUUUUUCCUCAGAUCAAUGUUGAUUUUAGCCAAAAUAAAAACACAUACUCAAAGAACACAGUUGUCGUGGAAAUUUUCAGCCAAUCAGCUGAAAAGAUAUUGGAUGAAUUGAUCAAAUGGUACAUAGUGAAGUAAAAUGGAGCUUUGAGUUGUCGAAGAAGAGUCCUAAGAAAUAAAUUGGCUGUUGUUUGCAGUGAAUCCAAAAUUUUUAGCUUUAACUUUAAUAACUUCUCAUAUCAUUCAUCAACAUGCAUUUUUAUUAAGAAUUUAAAGUCAUUAAUUGGCUCAAAAAAUAAAUCCAAAAGUGCAAAGAUUAGGUGUUUAGGUCAUUAACUACAUAUCAAGUUUCCAAGCAGCCUCACCAAAGUUUUUUUAAUAGUGAACAACUAUCAUCAAUCGUGUUGUUGUUUGUAAAUAUAGACAUUCCAAAAUCAUGUAAAGCUGCUGUUAAUCUUAAAUGAUGGACGCAAUUUAAACCGCCUCUUACUCUGUACUACGGAUAAAUAAAAUUUUCAUGACUAAGCUGAAAAGUCUAAAUAUACCUACUAGAUACUCUUGAAGUCGACCUGAAAGAAUUAUAAAUAUGGUCAAAUUCAAAUUUAUUUCAUUUGCAAUUUGAAAUUUGAAAUUUUUGGGAAAUUAUGUAAAUUUCAAUGAUAUGUUAUUUGUUUGAAGUCAAAUUUACUUCAUGAAGUCUAUAAAGAUGUUAUUUAAAACCAAUGACUUUAUCUAAAUGACAUUUGUGUACACAUAUAUAUUUUUAGCUAGAAAUAUCUAGAAGUGAGGUUUUUUAUUUAUAUGAGAUGUAUUGUUUAGUAACUUCGGAUACACUGAUUGUACUUGCUAAUGGAACUGUAUGAACAUAUGUUUAUCAAACAAUGAACAUAAAAUGGAUUUAAAAUAAACAAAUAAUUACAAACUGUCAUAUUGUGAAGAUGAAACCAUGAAGUUAAGUUUAUGUGUUCAAAGUCAACUACUAAGCAAUGAAUAUUUCACUGAUGUCUAAAGACGAAGUAUAUUUGUAGGCUGUUUGCAAGCUAAGCUAAUUUUAGGACUUGAGUUCUAACAGGUCAGCGAACACAAACUGAAAUGAUCUUCAGUGUUCAAAAUUUUACAGUAUUUUACAAUCAAAUUUCAUCUUAUAGAUAGUUCAUCGCGACAUCAAACCCGAAAAUAUUCUUAUCAGCCGUAAUGGUGUAGUUAAAUUAUGUGAUUUCGGUUUCGCACGUACACUUGCUGCACCCGGUGAAGUUUAUACAGAUUAUGUGGCCACCAGAUGGUACAGAGCACCAGAACUUCUUGUGGGAGAUACAAAAUAUGGCAGGAUCACUGACCAUCUCAGUAUAUAAUGGAGGACGAAAACUUGAUCGCGAAAAUCAUCGAAGAACCAGUUUGAUCAAUAUAUUCUCUAUUAUAUCAAGUUUCAUAGUCACUGAAUGAAUCUCGAAAACAAAAACACCCAAAAUAUCAAUAAGUUUUCAAACCUGAACAUUAGAGUUUAGUUAUUCAGACUAUAAAUGUGCGUCGAACAUUUAUUAUUCACUGUUAGACACUUACUACCUCAACACAAAGAGUAAAAUGUCAUAGGAGUCAGGUUUAGGAAAUCUGUGGGAAUCCAAAACUAUUCAUGGCAGCAAUCUACAAAUCAUCGAUCAGAACCGUGACUAAAGUGCAGAAUAUCCAGUUGGAGUCCUCGUGGUUAUCUUUAUCAGUAACAGGAAUAUGAGGUGACAUGUCUUAAAAUCAAAGAUGGCGGAGGAAGAUGUUAUUUUCGAAGACCAAUUGACAUUUGGGCUAUUGGUUGUCUUGCUUCAGAAAUGUUGACAGGUGAUCCUUUAUUCCCUGGUGAUUCUGAUAUUGAUCAAUUGCAUAGAAUAGUACGCUGUCUUGGUAACCUAAGUGAGAAAUAUCAAAAUAUAUUUCAUCGAAAUCCACUUUUUGUUGGUAUGAGAGUUCCAUUUGCAAAAGAAAUUGAUCCAUUGGAUAAACGACUAGCUAAAGUUUCCAAACUAACUCUUGGAUUUAUAAAGACUUGUCUUCGAAUCGAUGCUAACGAUCGACCGACAUCAUCUGCUCUUUUGAGGAGUGAAUAUUUCACUCGUGAAAAUUUUGCAUCUAUAUUCUUGGAAGAGCUAAAAACAUUAAUUAAAAACGAAACAAACAUAAAUAUACCUUCAUCCUCUACGAAUAUCACUAGUGACAACAGUAUCGUUAACAAUCCGAACAGUAAUAGUAACCAAAUACAAGUUAAAAAUAAUCAACCAUGUAAUGCCAGUAAUAAUAAUAACAGUAAUACUGUACAGUCAAAGGUUUCUACCACAAGCACAACGACGACAACAUCAACAAUAUCUUUUACUACUACUACUACUACUACUUCUACUACUCCUCCUCCUACUACUACCACUGGUAAUAUUUAUCCUAAUACCAGUACUACAACAACUACUGCCGUUAAACUUUUUCUGUCAGAUAUAAUGAAUGUGAAAAAUCAAAAUAAAGAUAAAACAACAACUCCAGAUCGUGUUGAUUUGUCAGUAACAUCACAAACUGGUUUACAUAAUAGUGAAAUUAAUGAACAAAAUAAAUCAUCUAAUGUAUCUACUGGCUUUUCAAGUAAUACUAAACCUACACAAUUGGAAGGGAAUAAAAUCAAAUCUACUAUGGCUGAACAGGUUAAUUUAACAUAUGUAGCGUCUAAAUCAAGAGUUGCAACUAAAUCACAAUUGUAUAAUGAGUAUUUGGUACAUGAUGAAAAUAUAGAUCCACAUCAUUUGUUAGAUACAAUGAAAGUUUCAAGAAAGCCACACUAUGGAUCAGAUAAUGUUUUGAAUAGGAACGAUGAUUCUGAUUUAAAAGAAUCAUUCACAGUAACUGAAAAAAUGAAUGACCGGUUGAAUGAGAUGCCUUCUAUUCCACAAAAGUCAUUUGGUCUACUUACAACGGUUAAAUGUAAGAGCCCGAAACCAACAAAUCCAAUCUCAAAGCCUUCUAUAUUAGAAGAUUUACGUGAACCUUUGAAUGAUACUGACUUAUCCUCUGCUUCUAUAUCAAUAUCCCCUUUACAAGUAACAAAUUUAACCAUUAAUGAACAGUCAAUAAUAAAUACUACUAACCAAUCUCCGUUCAAUAGCAGUUUUGUUGCCAAGGUUACUGAAGUGCCAAAUGAACAAAUCGACUGCACUUCAACAGUUAUAGAGUCUUCUGCUAGCAAAUAUUUGGAUACAAAAUGUGGGGACUCACAACCUAAGGAAAUGACUUCAAAUAAACGUCUACCUUAUCUUACUUUAAGUCAGACUAGUAGCUACCAUUUUUUUCCACAACAGUAUCGAGGAGUUUAUCAAAAUUCCCUAAAAUCAGACCAAACAAAUACAUAUAAUACUGGAAUUGUUUCUUCAGGAACAGGAUUGUCUUCACUGUCACCACUGUUAACCAAUAGUCAAACAGUUAGCAAACACGAAAAUCACCCUACUUUUCACUCUAUCAAUAUUUCGGCAUCUCCAUCUAUUCCUUUGCAAACAUGGACAACACAAAAAAAUUCUUCUAAUACAAACAACUCAUCCAAGGAUUCAAAAAGUCGACGAUACCAUCAACCUCCAAAUCACCACAGAAAAUCAACAUUUUCUUUGCAAUUCCCUAUGAACGUCAGUCAUUCAGUUUGUCAACCGAUUUCAACUUCGUUAAGCAAUCACUCCUAAUCAUAAUCACCAUUUCUCUAUACUGCAGCCAAUUGGUAUUAUGCCUUCUCCAAAUAUCUUUGAUACAAAUCAUGAUUAUUUGCAUCCUGAACAGAAUGAAUCACAUAGUUAUAUUGGUCAUGCAAAUUUUUCAACACGUUCACCGCUACAAAGUUUGUCCCAACAAAAUAUUUUUAAAAAAUCAUUUACAUCAAAUAGUACAACUGGUACAAGUAAACAGGAUAAUACAUAUCCUCUUACUGGUAAUCAACACUCAUUUAGUCCACAAGUUUUACCAGCUUUUACAUGUUCUUCAUAUUCCACGAAACAGUAUGGUACCAAUACAAAGUCUAGUCAUAAUAAUCAGUUUCCUAUAAAUAGGUUACGUAAUUCAGAUAAGUUCUGGCUUGGAAGCUUACCCAGAAGAUGAAUAACAGUUUGUUAUUUGAAAAUGAAUUUUAGAUAUUUACUUAUCUGUAUUCCUUAUGAUGAGUGAAUAUAUAUUCGUCGUGUUUCAAGCAUCUGUCAGAUAUUUCUGAUACAUUUUGAAAAUAUUAUGACUACUGAAAGAUUUCUAUCUAUCCCUAACAAGCUCAUAUAAUUUAUUUAUCGAUACGUUUCUCUAUGAAUACUUUGACGCUUGUAGACGACUAAAGAAAAAAUUGAUUACUUAUAAAUUCUAGAUAUUCUUUUUAUUCUUACUAUUUAUAUUAACCUGUAAUUUUAAUAAUUAUUGUAAUGAUAAAUUUUCUAUGGCCUAUCUUCAAAGGUUUAGUUCUUACUUCUUAAUAAAAAGUAAAUAUAAUCUAUUGUCUU